AUGGAUGUGCCGGAAGACCGUUUCUACGGCUCCCACACGCCGGACCGCUCCGACACCAACAGCCCGCGGUCUCACAUGAGUAGUCCCAAUUCCACCUCUUCCAUUAAUGUUACGGAUCAGUCGUUAGCGAUGUCACAGCAUCAGCAGAACUUGGAAACGUUAAAUCGUAUGGGAAUGUUCUUUCACGCGCAACAGAUGCAUCUUAACCAGAGUUUCGACGCCGUGAAGUCUAGGUUAGGCUUGACUCAAGUGCCUAGUGUUAGUCAGGGCCCGCGGCAUACGAUAGACGCAAUACUGGGGCUAAAUGGGACGAGACAGAGAGUGAGUGAGUUUGAACAGAGACGGGAGGACAGAGAUAGAGAGUGUGAAGCCGUACCAGUAUCGCCCGGAGCUAUUGAAAGUGCUGGUGAGGGUUCUUGUAACAGCAAUGAUGGGUAUCAACAAGCAGUCGAAGAUAAAUCUGACGAUGAAGACGUUCCACGGCCUGGUUCAGCCGCCGAUAAAAAGAAGCACCGACGGAACCGCACCACCUUCACCACUUACCAGCUGCAUGAACUGGAACGGGCAUUUGAAAAGAGUCAUUACCCUGACGUUUACUCGCGAGAGGAAUUGGCCAUGAAGGUCAACUUGCCAGAAGUCAGAGUCCAGGGGCUUAUAGCCCCAGCCCAAAGCAUAUGUCAGCCGGAGCCCAGCCUCGAAAAAACCGUAAAACACUCUCACACAAUACAAAACAUAUCAGCGGAACACGAUUUGAGGGGUCUUUUCAAAUUGGACACUCCAUAA